AUGGUUGUCAAGGUUGGCAUCAACGGAUUCGGCCGUAUCGGCCGUAUCGUCUUCCGAAAUGCUGUCGAGCACGAGGACAUCGAGAUCGUUGCCGUCAACGAUCCCUUCAUCGAGAAUCACUACGCUGAAUACAUGCUGAAGUACGACUCGACUCACGGCAUCUUCAAGGGAACUGUCUCCCACGACAGCGAUGGCCUCGUUGUCAACGGCAAGAAGGUCAAGUUCUACCAGGAGCGUGACCCCGCCAACAUCCCCUGGAGGGAGACUGGUGCCGAGUACAUUGUUGAGUCGACUGGUGUCUUCACCACCACUGAGAAGGCCAAGGCUCACUUGAAGGGUGGUGCCAAGAAGGUCGUCAUCUCUGCCCCCUCUGCCGAUGCCCCCAUGUACGUCAUUGGUGUUAACGAGAAGACCUACGACGGCAAGGCCGAUGUCAUCUCCAACGCCUCUUGCACUACCAACUGCCUUGCUCCCCUUGCCAAGGUCAUCCACGACAAGUUCACCAUCAUUGAGGGUCUCAUGACCACCGUUCACUCCUACACUGCCACACAGAAGACCGUCGACGGUCCCUCCAACAAGGACUGGCGAGGUGGCCGUACCGCUGCUCAGAACAUCAUUCCCAGCAGCACCGGUGCCGCUAAGGCUGUCGGUAAGGUCAUUCCCGAACUUAACGGCAAGCUUACCGGAAUGUCCAUGCGUGUCCCUACCUCCAACGUCUCCGUUGUCGACUUGACCAUCCGUAUCGAGAAGGGUGCCACCUACGACGAGAUCAAGGCCGCUAUCAAGGAGGCUGCUGAGGGUCCUCUCAAGGGCGUUCUCGCUUACACUGAGGAUGAUGUUGUCUCUACCGACUUGAACGGUAACACCAACUCUUCCAUCUUCGAUGCCAAGGCCGGUAUCUCUCUGAACAAGAACUUCGUCAAGCUCAUCAGCUGGUAUGACAACGAGUGGGGUUACAGCCGACGUGUCCUUGAUCUCCUGUCCUACGUCGCCAAGGUUGACGCUGGUAAAUAA